AUGAAUCCGUCUUCCCCAGCCAUCGACAACGUCGCGUGGAUGCAGCAUGUGGCACCGGACAGGUGGACACGGCCACCAGGGCACCGCCGUCUUGCCCCGACUUGGCCGGCCAAGCCGCUUCACAUCGCCGACCUGCCAAGCCGAUGGGAUUUCUCCGCCGUGCGGGGGCACUCCCCUGAAAGUGUCCGUACAUCCAUCUCUUCAUCGCCCCGUGUGCCGGCGCGGUUGGCUAUCCCCUCGCCCCCCCUGACUCGCGACUCCCGACGCCAAGGCCAAGGCCCGCCAGCGCCAGACGGGAAAGCUUCAGCUCCACCAAACUCGCCCGGCCCAGGGCGGGAGACGGAGCAACAAGCCCCGGCUGCUUGGAGAUUUGCCACGUAUGCGAAAAGCUUGCUGUGCCUACAUACCUUGCUGCUCCCAGUGGCGGCGAUGCUUCCUGGGCAGAACACGCACUCAAAAUGA